GGUCCUGAACCUGAAAUAUGUGGAGGUUUCCACUGAUACUCGCGUCGGUUUGUUGGCUGACAACAGCUCAACAACAAAACGUAGCGAACGAUCCAGAUAAGAAGUUGGCCAGUUUCGAUGCAUGCAAAGCAGAUAUUCAUAAACAUUGUAGCCGACCUGAUGUAGAUCUAACAAGCGACAUGUCGAUUCUUGAAUGCCUUCAAGAUGCCGGAUUUUCUGAGACAGCGACUCUAUCCGAACAGUGUGAGCAACUUGUCUGGGAUUUCAAGGUCAAAAUAACACAAGACGAGCGUUUCGUAUCCGCGGCCAAACAAUAUUGCGAGGAAGAGUUGAAGGGAAAUGCUGCAAUGAAUCUUUGUACAUCUCAAACUCAACCUGGAUUUGCUCUCAGUUGUCUCAUGGAAUUCACAAAAAAUGUUACUGAGACUGGAAAAUGCCACGCAUUUUUAGCCAGAACAGAGAGACUAGCUUUCUCGGAUUUCCGUCUCGUUGGUCCAUUCGUAACAAAAUGCCGUGCUAUUCUCGAUAAAUUCAAAUGCAACGUCCUUACUCCUGAUCCAGCACACAAAGGUGUUCGUGUCGCACAUACGCAAGGAAUGGCUUUGGAAUGUAUUUUGGAUAAAGUUGUGAAAAAUGCAAAGACUCAAGCAGAUGCAUUGCAAAUACUUGGAGAUGAUUGUAAACAUGAAGUUCUCCGACUUGCAGAGAUGCAGGCUGAUGAUUUCCAUUUAGACAGACCGCUCUUCUUUGCUUGCAGAUUAGACAGAGAGAGAUACUGUAAAGAUGUUCCAUCUGGCGAAGGAAAGGUUUUCGAAUGUCUCAUGAUGAAUAGAAAUGAUAAAUUCAUGGAUCCAGAGUGUGGAAAUUUGCUUGCCGAGAGAGCAUAUCUUAUGGGAAGAGAUUACCGUAUGGCUCAUCCACUCACAAAAGCUUGUCAACCAGAAUUGACCAGAUACAAGUGUGAACCACAGAACCAAAUUGAAUCAGCCGCUCAUUUCCAUCUGGCAUGGAUCCUUUUGUGUCUUGAAAAUGGAGCAAAUCAACCAGAACACAAGGAAGUUCAACCAUCAAAAGAAUGUGCUCAUGAAAUGAUUACUCAUCGUCAAAUGAUGAUGCAGCACUUCCGAAUGGCUCCAGAGCUUGUACUCAACUGUGCACAAGAAAUUGAUAAAUGGUGUAGUCCACGUGGAGAUAUCGAGGCCGAAGGAAGAACAUUGCACUGUUUGAUGGAGCAUGCUGAAUCCAGAAAUGAAACAUUAAAACUGGGAGCUCAAUGUCUUCAAGCUGUUCAACAAGUCGUUAAAGUUGCAGAUAUCGGAAGAAACUAUAAAGUCGACAAAGUUCUGUAUGGAUCGUGCAGAAGUCUUAUUGAUGGUCCUUGUGCCCAAGACGCAGUUUCAGAAACUGCUACUUUAACAUGCCUCAUGAGAAAUGUGGAUAGUCCUGAUAUGGUUCCUGAAUGUGAAAAACGUCUGCUCGAAGUUCAAUAUUUCAUGGCUAGAGAUUGGACAAUGGAUCCACAAUUAUAUGAAGCUUGUCAUCAAGAAGCCGUGAGCAGAUGUUCCGCCCUCGAUAACUGGCACCAACAACAUAAUUCUGAUAAUACUGUCGAUCGUGGACCGCAAGUGCUCGCCUGUCUCUACAGAAGUGCAUAUGACGAACAAAAUCCACUUUCAGUAAAGUGUGGAACCCAAGUUCGACAACUCCUUCAUGUUCGCGCCGUCCGUGUCAAUUUAAUUCCGGAAAUUGAGGAUUCAUGUCGUGAAGCGCUCUCAGAAUUCUGUUCCCAUAACGUCAAACCAUCGGAAGAAAUGAUGUGUCUCCAACAAAACUUUGAAACUGACAACUUUAAACGAAAACAUCCGCAAUGUUUCGCCGAACUAACAAAAUUCACAGAAAUGGAAGCAAAGGACACUAAAUUGAAUAGAGCUUUGAGCAAGGCCUGCAAGCCAGUUAUUUCCACUCAUUGUGCGCAAUUUGCUAAUGAAGAAAUUGAUCACGGAGAUGUAUUGGAGUGCCUAGUGAACAAUAAGGAUGCUAAAGAAAUGAAUAACAAAUGCCGAUCCUAUGUCAAUCAUUUCGAGCUUAUUUCAUUGAGGGAUUAUCAUUUCAGUUAUAAGUUCCAAAAGGCUUGUGCUAGUGAUAUCGAACAAAGUUGCAAAGGUCAUAAUAACGAUAAAGGAGAAAUCAUUCGCUGUCUUUCGGAAGUCCGAUUCGAGCACAAGGUUUUGGGAUCGCCAAAGGAUUUGACAGACGACUGCAAGAAACAACUCAAAGUGGCUUAUCUUCAACAAGAACAGGUAGAAUUUGAUGACAAGGAACACAUGGCUGAUGCAGAUCCCAAAUUGUCUCAAAAAUGCGAACAGGAAAUUAAGAUGUAUAAAUGUAAUCAAGCCGACACGUUCGAAGAUACAAUUGAAUGUCUUCGCUUGAAUUUCGAGCAUCUUGGUCCAGAAUGCAAAUCGAUGAUCUUCUAUAGAGAAAAGAUCGAGGCUGUCGAUAAUUCUAUGGAUGACGAGUUGCAGAAGAAAUGCAGAUACGAUAUUGGAAAGUUCUGUGCAAAUAGCGAUUCUGAAAAUGUCUUGGAAUGCCUCACCAAUACAAAAAUUGUUCGUUUGCUUCAGAGAGAAUGCAAGGCGAUUGUUAAAGAAAGAAUGCAAGAAUCAGCAAGAGAUGUUCGUCUUCGACCACAGCUUUUGACUUCGUGCAGGAAGGAAGCUGAACAAUAUUGUCCCGAGGAUAUGAAGAAGAUUAACAUGCCUCAGUACUCUCAAACAGUUCUCGAUGGAGUUGUCGUAUCUUGUCUCAGAGACAAGUUCCGUCAAUCGAUAUCGGAUCAGAAUCACAUUGACUUCUCUCCACGUUGUUCUGCCGAAGUUUCGAGAGCUAUAGUUGAAGCUGAAUUUGAUCCACAGCUCGAUCCACCACUCUACAAUGCUUGCAAGAGUACUAUUAAUGAUCAUUGUUCUGCUACCAUCAUGGAAUCAGGAGGACAUUUUGACAAUGUCAUGGAAUGUUUGAAAAAUGAUUUCAACAAGGGUCUCAUUCGAGAUAAGCAAUGCUCUGAGCAAGUGGCUCGUCGUCUUCAAGAAUCUCUUGUUGAUAUUCAUUUGGAUCCUGUUUUGCACGAAGCAUGUGCCAUGGAUAUUCAGAGAUAUUGCAGAGAUGUUCCGCCAGGCCACAGCAGAAUUGUUAUGUGUCUCAUGGAUUCGGCUGACAAGCAGGAACUAUCCAAGGAAUGCAGCACAAAACUGAGUGAUCGAAACAAGUUGUGGAUGAAAGCUCACUCCGAGUUCCAAAUGGCUCUACCUGAUUCUUGGCAUGCAUUUGCCAAUCUUGUUAUGGAACAUCCAGAAAGAAAUUCCAUUUUGGGAUAUCUUGCUGGAUUUAUCGUUUUCAUUCUUCUUAUUGGAUGCUGUUGUGGACGAGUUUCCAAGAAGCAAUACAUCGAGAUGAAAAACCGUUAAUUAUUUGUAGGUCUUGUAUGUACUCCCACCUCCCAUUUCUGUAGAAUCUUUUCAUAAUAUUUAUCACUUGAUUGCAUACUUUGGUUGUGUUCGUCUUUAUGUUUUCCUGUUUAAUAAGUUAAUUUAUUCUGUGAGACAGUCAAAUAAGUUCCUCUGAAAUCAUCCCUUAUACUAUGGUUGUGUUUCUUUUUUUUUCAAAGAUUUUAUUUGAAACUUCGGGUGUAUUUUUCUCCUUUUUCCCGUUCAUUUUCGCUUUUUUUCUCACUUUUCUGUAAGUCUUAACAAAAGUUCAAUUGGCUCAAUCAAGUAAGAUUUCGGCCGUAUAAAAGUUUUCAAGGGUU